GCCCCGGCGGGUGGAGGUGUGAAGGCGACCGAGGACCUGAGGGGGAGUCGGGCCGGUGGGGCCGCCGCCGCCGCCAUGCAGGAAAUCAUCGCCAGCGUGGACCACAUCAAGUUCGACUUGGAGAUCGCGGUGGAGCAGCAGCUCGGGGCGCAGCCGCUGCCCUUCCCCGGCAUGGACAAGUCGGGGGCUGCUGUCUGUGAAUUCUUCUUGAAGGCCGCCUGUGGCAAAGGGGGCAUGUGCCCAUUUCGCCACAUCAGCGGUGAGAAGACAGUUGUAUGCAAACACUGGCUGCGGGGGCUGUGCAAGAAGGGGGACCAGUGUGAGUUCCUGCAUGAGUACGACAUGACCAAGAUGCCCGAGUGCUACUUCUAUUCCAAAUUUGGGGAGUGCAGUAACAAGGAGUGCCCCUUCCUGCACAUUGACCCUGAGUCCAAGAUCAAGGACUGCCCUUGGUACGACCGCGGCUUCUGCAAGCAUGGUCCCCUGUGCAGGCACCGGCACACACGGAGAGUCAUUUGUGUGAAUUACCUCGUGGGAUUCUGUCCAGAGGGGCCUUCGUGUAAAUUCAUGCACCCUCGAUUUGAACUGCCCAUGGGAACCACCGAGCAGCCCCCACUGCCACAGCAGACGCAGCCUCCGACAAAGCAAAGUAACAAUCCGCCAUUACAAAGGUCGUCCUCCUUGAUCCAGUUAACGAGUCAGAACUCUUCUCCCAAUCAGCAGAGAGCCCCGCAGGUCAUCGGGGUCAUGCAGAGUCAAAACAGCAGUGCAGGCAACCGGGGACCCAGGCCGCUGGAGCAGGUCACCUGUUACAAGUGUGGUGAAAAAGGACACUAUGCCAACAGAUGCACCAAAGGGCACUUGGCCUUUCUCAGUGGACAGUGACAGCAGCUGGAGCCAACUCAGAGCAGCCUGAGAGGCCCAUUGUUGGGGACAACUCUGGGCCGUCCUCAGGAGCAUGUGUUGAACUGUUCAGCACCAGUAUUGGUGCAACCCUGGCUAGAGCUGGCAGGCAGGCACACUGGGGUUUAUCAUUCGAGGGGCUAUUUCUGUCAGUUUCCCUACCAUUUUGCUGUAAUUUUUUUUUUUUUAAGGGACAUGUGCUCUAGUUUGGUCCCUCAAGUCGGCAUCAUGUUUGUCGAGACAUCAAGCCUCCUGUCUGGGACUCCCCACACCUCUGCCCUCUGGGGAAGAGAAGUUUUGGGGCAGGGGCUUGCGCUCAGCAGUUCUGUAAGGAAGAUGGUCCUUCCCCUCAGGGCUUCAUUAAACACCAGUUCUUGGUGAUCCCAGGGGCUGGUGGAUCAUUUAAAGCUGCAGCCAGCUCAGGCUCACUUCCUCCAUGUCCUGCUGAAUUCAGAAGCUGUGCCUAUCAAUGUGAUUUGAACGAGGUAGCCCUCAGGGCAAACUCAAGUGCGCUUGUUGUCUCAGCCUGGUCCUGCUCUCUCCGAGGUGGCAGUAGUUGAGAAGAGGUGUGCAGUAUUCUCGAGUGAAGGGUCUUUUCUUCUGGGUUAUGUUCUUGAGGCACCUGCUUAACAUUGUUCAAGGUAUGCCUUAAGCUGGAGCUGCAGGCCACCCUUUAAAUCGUGACCCAGUCCUUCUGUGCACCUACCUCCUGCCCCAGCAAGAGUCUGUACUGUAACUCAGACACCUUUGGCCUAUGGAGACCGCCCUGCCUAUGCCUGGAAAUGUGAAGCCGUCACCUGCAACCACUGGGCAAGUGGCCUGUUCAAGUUCAAUCACAAGAACAAUUUUUAUGAAGUUGAUUAAAGCUUGUUUUUUAAGCCAUGUCUCAUUACUUCAAGGACUCUGUGCCUAGAAGCCACCUGGCAAGGAGCUUUAAUAAUGGGGUCACUUGUUCCCAUUCAACAUGUGUGAAUUCCAGAGGGAAGAGACACCAGGGUAAGAAAGGCCUUUGGACUGGCAGCUGUGUAAGUCUGGAGCCUGGCAGGUGUUACUGCGUAUCAGAUGGUGGAUGAUCCGUGUGUGUUUGGGUCUUCUAAGAGAUAACUGAUAACAGCAUCCCCACCCUUAUACCUGUUGCAGUGUGUGUGUGCACCAUACACCCCUCACUGAGAAGCUGGUUCUGGCGAUAGUCCCAACUGGCAAUGUAAAGAGACUCAGUAAAAGACUAACUGAUUUUAGUGGGUUGGGUAGGUGUGGUAAAUCCAUUUUUAACUUAGGAUGGGUUUGUUGAGGCCUGAGUUGGGGGAGGUCUUUACUGUACCCAAGACCUUUGAGGAAGGGUAACGAAAUGGUACUGGAUCCAGGGGCAGCUGUGACCUAGCAGGGCCUAUGCUUUCCUGAGUCACCCCACUGAGCUGCUCCCUGCAGAUGCAGCUUCCAGACCAGGCAGGCCAGCACUCUGAAAUGGUGCCAUCACUACAGAGUGCUGUGUACCACAGUAAUACAGGAAAAUGGGGUUAAGGGGAGAGAUAUUCUUAGGAACACAGCUGCUUUCUAUGGUGUACGCUGACAAAAGUGCUCAGGACACUCAAGGCAGAGAGCAAGGAGAUGCCUCUGGGCACUGCUGUCUAAUUAACACCACCCCCUUGCAAGCUGGGAAAGAUCUCACCAAGGCCACACAUGGUACAAACCCUGGACUAAGCUGCUUCCUCAGGGAAUGGUAGGGCAAUCUCGCCCACCUUGUGCAGCAGGGCUCCGGGGGCAUGGAUGCCAGUGAAGCAGUCCUCAAGCCAGUCAUCUUUUAUUGAGUUAUUUCUCAGUUAAGACAGGAAACAACUGGGGUGCCAGGCAGAGGUCAUGGUUAGGAAUGCAGAAGCCCUCUUCAAUGAUACUUGCGUCGCCGCUCGUGUUCUGGAGUUAAAAGGCAAAACAGUAAGUCACCCCAAAGGUAUGAUAAAAGCAUAAACUGCUAGACAGGAUAGAAGGCUCCAACCUCAUAAAGCCAUCCUGAGGGUCACUCUCAGAAGAUGACCCAGAAUUUGCCAGCCAGUAUCUCG